CCCCAGUUCUCUCGUUCCCCCAAUCUCUCCAUCAACGCACGAUGCCUGUCGUAAACACAGGAACAAGUUGUGAUUCAAUCAAGCAGCAAGCAAGAGACAAACAAACAAACAACCCACCAUCACCACAACCACCGCCACACACCGCCAGCCAUGUCGGAGCCAAAGGGCCUCAGUGCCGUGCAGGACGCCACUCAGGGAAGCAAAGAGAACGAGGAGCUUGCCUUGGAGCAACUGAGGAAAGCAGAGGUGUUCAAGAAUGCCGGCAACGAGGCGCUGAAGGCGGGCGACAUGAAGAAGGCCUUGCGGUCAUAUCAUAUGGCACACUUGCACACACGGCUGGCCGUGAAGGCGACAACCCCCAUACAAAGGAAGCGGAGUGAGGACGACUUUGAAGAGCGAAGCGCUCGGAUGUCGCCUUUGCAGAAGAAAGUGUGUGCUGCACACGUCCCUGUUGUCAACAACCUCUCAGUGUGCCAUCUGAAGAAGGGCAACUGGGCCCGCGUGAUUGAGCUCUGCACCGAAGUGUUGGACUUUGAAGACAACGCCAAAGCAUUCAUGCGUCGCGCCAAGGCGUACUACCACCUGAACAAGCAGCUGCUGUGCCGUCGCGACCUGGACCACGCCAUGACACUCUCCCCAGAUGACCCUGGCCUUGCUGAGUUGGACAAGAAGCUGAAACAAAGGGAGGUGGAUUCGGCGAGGAAAGGCAACAAGGCCCUUGCAAACAACCUCAAAGCCAUGUUCUGACCACCACCACCCGUGUUGCUGAUCAAUACCUGCCUAUCUGCCUGCCUAUCCGUCUGUAUGCCUGCCCUUUGAUGUGUCACGAGUGCUUCCAUGUUUCUUUGUCGCUUGCCAGCAUCGUGUACGGCGUUGCAGUUUCAGCCCUCCAUUUGUUGACUGCGCUUCCUGCCCUUCUCCGCACACACGCACACCCACCAUCGCGUCUCGCUUGCUGCAACCGACCAGUGACAGAUAAACGCUUUUUUUAAAGAGUUGAGCUCGA